AUGGCUCAGUCCGGCACCAAUUCCAGUCUGCCUCCACUGCCUCGCCCAAAUCCCUCCCCCUCCUCCCUUGGCAUCCGGCAGCUUGGCCUCUUGGCGUCUCCAUCUACGUCUCCAUCUCCAACUCCACCUAUUGACUACGUCCAUCUUGUUCAUCACCUCUACGCACCCAGCAUCUAUACCAUCACUACAAACGUGGCUCUAUCGUCCGCACUCACCACUUGGCUUCGACAGUCGCAGGCCAAACCAGCAGCAGCGCACGCACAUUCGACCGUCUCAUCCGACCGCAGACGUUUCGCCUUCUUUCAGGCGGCUUUCCGAUCCCGUAACACCGCUGACCUCCCAGCUCGAUCGCUGAACGGCGGCCUCUGCCCAGUGGGUCGACGCAUCAUGCGCACGCAUACGGCGACCAAGGUGGUUGGCAACGACUUCCUGGGCAACCACAUCGGCGAGCUUCUCGUCCGGCAGCCCAUCAAGCGCACCGCACCCACCGCACCAGCACGCCAUGCCGCUUCAUCAAACGGCAGCACUGUAUGUCCCGCCGACACGAUCUCUGGUCGAAGAGCCUCAGUGCCUACACUAGACGAGCAGAACUCGGCAGCGGUGCUGGACGAGUUCCUCUCGCUCGGCGCUGCACCACUAGCCGGCUGCGAUCCCAGCAGCCUCGAGCACGGCAGUGAGAGCUCAGUGUCCGAACCCAGCUCCGGGAGCAGUCGGAGCGGAAGCGCUCAUACCGAUAUUCUCCUGCAUCUCGACCAGCUCACACGCACGCGUGUCGCCUCCGAGGGCGCACCCACCUCGCCGCGCGUCAGCUUCGUCACCAACUUUGGCGCAAAGCCGCGCAGGUCCGGCAGUCGCCGAGCACCGAGCGAGACAGGAUCCACGGGCUACUUUGGCAUGACAGCCGGCAUGAGCGAGGCGAGCAUGUCGCCGAUGGAGUCCGCGGGGAGUGUUGUGUGGAACAUGCCGUUCCAGCAGUCGUUUGCGCAUGCCGUCGAACAUCAUGCGCUGUCGAGAGGCUCGUCACGGCAGAGUGCAUCGGCGGAUGUGACGAGUCCAGCUCAAGCGGCUGAGGUGGCUACACCAACCAAGACAGGAUCGGAGGUAGGCGUGGGCAAGAGUCAGUCGUUUUCGGCGGGGACUGGGCCUGUAAGGCAGAGGCUGACGAGAGCGGCGACCGAGUCGACACUGCCGCCGGCAGCUCAGGCGAUGCAGCUGGAGAAGUCAGCUUCGGGAGAAUCGGGAUCUGGACAUUCGUACGCGAGCACGGGAGUCAAGGGGCAUAGAAGGAAGCCAUCGCUGGUGCCCAAGGAAGGCGACCAGCGCACAUUCUGCUUUGUCGACGCCUCGAGCAGCGAGACUGAGUCGGAAGAGGCACAUCCGCUACCCGCCGUGUCGAGUCCUGCCGCAACACCCGCAUGCACACCCGAAGCAUCCGCACACAGUGUCGUCGACACGCGCUACACGUCUCCGCGCGCGCUCUCCACGGUGGACGAAGCGCAGUCGACGUUCACGCCGGCUCUGGGGAAAGUGCACGAGGUAGAGCUACGUGCAGGUGGGCAGCUCAACGGCGCAUGUGAGGGCGAAGGCACACGGCGCGUGCGUAGGCUACGCAUCCAGCCCAAUGUACAGUCGCGCCCGAGCCUGCUCGAGAAGACCAUGCAGCAGCUCGCACGCUCGAGCGAGCAGGCGCAGGCCGCCAACGUUCACACAACCGUUGCCGGUAGCACUACGCCUCCAGCGCCCGUUUCGCAGACGGAGCGAUUCGAUCCCGCAGCAUACGGUGCGGAGCAGCGCACGUUCCGCAUCGCACCCGUCUAUUCUGCACCGGACGCUCCCGCCACCCGCACCGAGAAGGAACGCGCGCCUCGAACCAGCCAGGCUCGCACGAGCGACUGGGCACGCGCCCAGAUCCUGCUUGCCGACAACACCCAGCAAGACGACACCCACGUCAAGCUCGCAAAGGUCGAUGCAUCGUUGCUGCAAGUACAGCAGGCUGACGCGAGGGGACACGGCUUGUUGCGGCAUCACACGGACAGUCACAGCUCGACUGAAACCACCAGUCCAAGCCUGCUCGACAUGCGCGAGCUCCUUAGCCCCCCAGAGACAGCGGUUUCGUCACCAGACCUCGAAUCUCCCCCACCCAACCACAAACCCUCACGAAGAACUUCCCCCCUCUCCAUCUAG